AGCAAUUGACGGUGUUCACCUUGUAGAAGUGAGCCCGGGAAUGCGCAGGAUUCAAAGGCUAAAAUUGUGCGGAAAUGCGGAAAGUAAAUGCACCGAUGAUGGCGAAAUUGCUUUUCGGGAGAAGGACGGAUUGAAAUUCGUUUGGCACAACUCGUUUGAAGAGAUUUCGGGGAUAUGGUCCAUCAUUGUUGCUCAUGAAUUCUUUGACGCAUUGCCGAUUCAUGGAUUCGAACGAAAAGAUAGAGGUCCUUAUCAUUUUUGUUUCAAACUUAACCCGUGGCCAACGCUUCCAGCGGUUUUCCGAAAUUUUCCAGCGCUCGAGAAAUUUAGAAUUGGUGACCGGAUCGAGAUAUCCCCCGAAUCAUGGAAAACUUCGAAUCGAAUCGCGAAAUUUAUUAAUCGUAACAGAGGUGCGUCGCUUAUCAUUGAUUAUGGCAAAGACUUUAUCCAAGGGGAUACUCUGCGAGCAAUCAAGAGACAUAAGUUCAUCCAUCCGCUGUGUACGCCCGGUCUUUCAGACUUGAGCGCGGAUGUAAACUUUAAGUAUCUUAAAGAAGCCACAGAAGGGCUAGUUGACGCGUACGGACCAAUCACGCAAUCAAAAUUUCUACAAACUCUUGGCUUAAAAACUAGAUUAAUGAUGUUGCUUAAGAGUUCCUCACCUGAUAGGCAUGAGACAUUGAUCUCGUCAUUUAAAAGACUCAUUGAUCCUUUGUCAAUGGGUGAAAUCUACAAAGUCUUGGCUUUUGUUCCCACAGGAUCUUCUGAAUGUACUGUAUAUCAAUUCAACGUCAAAGUUUCUUCUGUUCUAUCGUAG